GGUUGAACCCUGUUUCUGGUGUCAUCCUCCAUAACGUUGAGUGCAGACGGACUCCGACAGAUGCAGUACAUUUACAAUGUUGCUUUAUGCUUUAUUUUUGUUUGCAUCUUCCAUGAAGAUUGUCUCAGGGGCAGAUUGGUGCUACCAGUCCCAGGUUACAUGCAAUCACACCUGCAUAGGUCCAGACGUAUGGGGAGUGGUUUCUCAGCACUGCAGCGGCAGAGCUCAGUCUCCUGUUAACAUUGUUACGAGGAGACUGCUACCAGAUGAACGUCUCACUCCUUUUCACUUCAUUGGCUAUCAAGAGACUUUUCAUGGUCACCUCAUAAACAAUGGUCACGCUGUUCAAUUGGAUUUGCCCACCAGUAUAAGGAUCAGGGGAGGAAAUCUGCCUGCAACGUACAAGGCACUUCAAUUUCACCUGCACUGGGGCAAAGAUGGAGGGCCGGGUUCUGAACACACGAUUGAUGGAGAACAAUUUCCAGUGGAGAUGCACAUUGUUCACAUAAAAGAAGAAUACGACUCUCUAUCCCAGGCUGUAAGCGACCGCGCAGGUGUGGCUGUUCUUGGAUUUUUAUUUCAGGAAUCUGCAUCUUCAAAUAAGAAAUUUGAUCCCCUUAUUAAUGCUCUGAAAUCCAUCCCACAACCCACCAACAGCACCACACUGAAGGGCGUGUCCCUGGACAUGUUCAUUCCUCCUCAGGAUAACAUGACUAAGUACUUUCGCUAUGAUGGCUCUCUCACCACACCAAACUGUUCUGAAGCUGUCGUCUGGAGCCUGUUUGAAAGCACUAUUCCUCUCAGCAGGGAACAGCUUGCUGCAUUCUCCCAGCUCCAGUUUUCUGAUGGAGAGCAAAUGGUCAAAACCUACAGACCAGUGCAGCCCUUGAAUGGAAGGCAGGUGUAUUACUCCGGAGGCCAUGUUGCUCUGGCUAGCACCAUGUUACUCAUCAUAUCAGUGCUUGUGUCCAGUUCCUCGUUCCUGCACACAACAGUGUGAAAACUCUGAUUAAUUUACUCAUAUGAAUAAAUACUGUUGUCUAUAUGUGUACUGAUGAUCAUCAAAUGUAAUGUAAUGUAUAUUUAAAGGUAAAUCAUGUAUGUGUGAAUCUACUGUAUGCACUGUGUGCGAUGUUAUGUUCAGGUACAAAGUGUCAAGCAUUUUCUUUCUUUGUUCUAUACAAUAUGUCACAUAAAAAUAGUAUAUUUAAGUUGGAAAUUUACCUAAUAAUUUAUGUCUUUCUUGAUUUCUACAACAAACUGCACUGAUUGGACUGAUCAAUCAAUUGUUUUUACUACUUUUGAUUGCAAAGUUACUGUGUGGGAUGACCCAGUUUAACUUACAAAGUAGGCGGCUAAUACUUGAUAUUGUUAUACUGUCUCUUGUGAUAUGUUAUCAUGGUACAUUUGAUUUUGAUACUGAGGUGAUUCCUUCCUGUGAUCUCCAGACACUUGAACUCUGAACUGUCCUUUUUUCCCCUAGCUCACCCUCUGGCCAGUUAAUCACCUGAAUGAUGCCACAAAAGGUUCAGACUUUGGUACAUGCUGUUUCACCUCAGCAGUUUGUAAAACAUUGUGCAAUCAUUGAAUAAAUAAAGUACACGUUUAAUUCCU